UUUGUGGGGGCUUUUCAACAUUCCAAGGGAAUUUUUGCAGGUGAGGGUAGGCAGACAAUCCCACACGCAGUUGACUGCUGACGUUUUGCAUUUAAAGCUUUAAAAAUGCAAAAUACUCCAAGGGCAGCUAGCAGUUUCCAGUUCCUAAUCUUGAACAAUCAGCAACAAUGAAAAGGGUGUGAACACAAGAGCAGACCAAGUGGGAGAGAAGGAUUUCAGUCUUUCUAACCAGCCUUCCUCUCAUCUGUUGGAACUUGUCAAGACAACGCUGCCUGCAGUACCAUGUUGCAGACAGUCAAUGACUGGCUGUGGUGGGAACGUUUGUGGCUGCCAGGAAACCUUUCCUGGUCAGAUCUAGACGACAGAGAAGAUUGUAUAUAUGCCAAAGCAUCUCACCUUUAUGGUGCCUUGCCCUGUGCUCUCUGCCUACUUCUUGUCAGAUACCUCUUUGAAAGGUACUUGGCCACACCACUGGCUAAUGCCUGGGGGAUCAAGGACAGAGUACGUCUCACAGCCGAACAAAACCCUGUCCUAGAAAACUACUUCAAUAGCCAAGCAAGGAACCCAUCACAGGCAGAUGUGAGGUCUCUGUGUAAAAAGACCGGUUGGCCAGAGAAGAGAGUAGAAGUGUGGUUCAGGAGGAGGAGGAACCAGGAGCGACCGAGACUUCGGAAGAGAUUCUGUGAGGCCAGUUGGAGAUGUGUGUUUUAUCUUUUUGCAUUUAUCGGCGGUAUCUUGGCUCUUUAUGAUAAACCAUGGCUUUAUAAUCUAAGGGAAGUUUGGGCAUCUUUUCCUAAACAGUCUCUGCUGCCAUCACAGUACUGGUAUUACCUCUUGGAAUUGGGUUUUUACCUAUCGCUGCUUCUCAGCCUCACAUUUGAUGUGAAACGAAAGGACUUCAAAGAGCAGGUGGUCCAUCAUAUAGCCACAAUAACUCUACUGAGUUUCUCAUGGAUUUCAAACUAUAUCCGAAUCGGAACUCUGGUGAUGGUAAUCCAUGACUCUUCUGAUAUACUACUUGAGGGUGCAAAGGUAUUCAACUACGCCAAGUGGCAUCGGACUGCUAAUGGCUUGUUUGUGGUGUUUACAGCUCUCUUUAUGUUUACAAGACUUGUCAUUUUUCCUUUCUGGCUUAUUCACUGCACAUGGGUGUAUCCAUUGGAGCUGUUUCCCGCCUUCUUUGGCUACUAUUUCUUCAACAUCAUGUUGUUGGUUCUACAGUUUCUUCAUGUUUACUGGGCUUUUCUUAUAUCUAGAAUGCUUUUUAAGUUUAUCUUCAGCAAGCUCGAAGGUGACGACCGGAGUGAUGAAGAAGAGGAUGACAGUGACACAAUGAGAGAAAAAAAAACUAAUCUGAGUUAUAGGAAUGCAUCUGGUCCCAGAGGUCGUGCCAAUGGUCACUGACACAUGCUGAUAGAAAUAAAGGACUCUGAACAUCAAAACAUGUAGUGUGACAGUUUAAAUCUAUCUUGUGAAAUAAUAAUAGCAAGAUUCAAGUAUAUUAAAUUCAGAAGAACAGUGAAGGAAGUUAAAUAAUGUAAUAUUAUUUCAAACAUAAUAACAAUACAGGUUGACUUCUUAAAGAUGUUGUUUAUUGUAUUUUUACAAACAUAUAAUAAAAACAAAAAUAAGCCAGUAAAGGCCAUAGUGUUUUAUGUUCGCUGCUGGAAUAAACUAUGAAGC